UGGCUGUUUACUAAGGCGUGUCCGGGACACCAUAACAAAAUUGCAACGGAAAUUACGAGUGGUGAUGAAAUUAACUUUAGGGUCGGUGAGCGGUUUGAUUGGGUGAACGAAGCGAAUGUAUAAAAAUCAACGGCAAUUUAGAUUCGAUGCACACAGGUAUAGCUUGCUUGCUGCUGAACGUGUGUCUUCAACAAUCACAAGACGGCUUGUGUACAUGUAAGAUAUAGACGACCUCAACUUCAUCGGCCUACAACACGAUCAGGCUGUUCGAGCUGCCCAGGAUCGGCCUGGAUGGCACAGGUGCAUUUCUAACAUUGACAAAACCUGUGGUUUCGAGCCGAGUUCGGCCCGAGUAGCGUCAACUUUCUACUAUGUGUAACAGUGAGCUGAGCUCAUCGAGAAAACAAAAUAAAACAACUGUUAAGAAGUCAUCAUCGUGAAAAUCGUCAACUGUCACAAAAUUCUUGAUUUGGAUUAAUCGACUGUGUCUGAUUUUGCUGUAAAUUGCUUUUCUGUGGAGUAGCGCAGUAGCGCAAAGAGUACUCUAUUGAGAUUCGAAUGCGAUGUUCUUUGCCGUCGGACGGACGUCAACUAUAUUUAUUUUGAGACAUGACAUCACCUUGCUCCAUACGUACCAAGAGUGAGCUGCUGCACACAUGAGUUUGACGUGGGAUAACUAUGGAAUAACUAAUGACUAAUCUAAAUGGAGUCGUGGACAACAGAGGUCGCUGUUCCAGGAGCUGUAACAGAGCAGCCUUCGUUCAGUUUCAUUCUCCUGAACAUAAUCUACUCCAUCAUCGGUCUGCUAGGGAUAGUUGGCAACUCUCUGGUAAUUUUUGUAGCGGUCAGGGUUCCGUCUCUUCGCUCUGUGACAAACGUCCUGAUCUGCAACCAGACAAUAAUCGACUUGACCAGUAGUGUGUUCUUCGUAGUACUAUACCUUGUACCCAAGCCACAGGUACCUGAGAACGAGGUAGCCGCGAGUGUCUUGUGUAAGCUUUGGCUUUCAGACUGGCCUCUGUGGGGUUUCUCAGUCUCCUCAACAGUCAACCUCGUUCUCUUGACUCUGGAGAGGUACUUUGCCAUCAUUCACCCCAUCAAGUACAGGCGAAAGUUCUCGAUGAAGUGCGCCAAAUGCCUCGCGCUGAUACCUUGGUUCGUCGGGCCGCUGCACGAGCUCGGCUGGGCAUUAGUUCAUGUUGUGGACUCCAAUGGCGACUGCAGCCCCAAAUGGCCCUCGCUGACCCUGCAGUGGGUUCUAGGAGUGGUGUUUUUCAUCGGGCAUUAUUUGAUGCCCGUAACGCUAAUGGUGUAUGUCUACACCAAGAUCGUUUUAAGACUUCGCCGUGAUUGGCGCUCCCCUCCCCCACAAGCACCGGCCUCUGCUUCGGAGAUCGGGGUGUCGUACCGUGUGGAAAUAGGACCACCGGACAUACCCCUCCCGAAUCGUAGUCCGGCACCCGAAAAGAAACGCUUCAACUUGCUGGCCUCCAGGAGCGUCCUUCGAACCCUCGUAAUCGUCUCAGUAUCCUACAUCAUCUGCUGGGGACCGAACGAAAUCAUAUACCUCGUGUAUAACCUCGGAGGCUAUGUGGAAUUCAAUGGGGUGUACCACAGCCUCUCUGUUAUAUUCGUACUGUGUAACAUGUGCCUCAACCCCAUCAUCUACGCGUUUCAUUAUGAGGAGUUUAGAAAGGCACUCAGAGCAACAUUCUCGUGUCAUGUUUCUAUACCGUGGAAGAGGCUGAUGUGUUGGCGCAUGCGUACAACGAGCAACCACAAUGGUCCACGGACUCAACUUCCGAGCGUGACGUCAACGUUGCAAUUAGCGGACACGAUACAGACUUGACGGGUACGGGUACUGGUUGAGGCUGCAAGUGGCCCAGUGGGAAUAGUUUACGAAUAUUUUGUGGAAAAUAUAAUUAUUGCUAUUAUGGAUUUAUUGUGUGAAAAUGAGUGAUCCAUUCAUAUACAUUUGUUGUUUUUAAACACUGGCCACUAGUUUGUAUGGGCUGUUUGCAUCGGUAGCAGAAUAAUCUUCAGAUGGGGGGAGGUAUGUUAGCUUUAUUUUAAAUGCUGAGACAUUACAAGGUCAAAAGGGGUCUGCCUUUUAAGGAAAACGAGGGUCUCUUCAACCGAGUAAAAAAAUUAUCAAAAUACAAAACGCUUUUAUAAAAGGAUUGGAAUAUAUUUGAACUCUGGGUUGUUUUGGGGUGGGGGAGAUCGGCCAGUAAUUAAUAUUUGAUAUAUUUGUUCGUUGGAAGUUUACUUAAUAAAU